AUGAAGUGUAACAAGAAUUGGGCUGCCCCUAUACCUCCUCUUCUAACUGAUCCAGAAAUGGAGCUUUAUACUGAUGAACCCACUUUUGAUCCUGAUAUUCAUUUGGCAAUGACCGAGCCGGAUUUCGUUGUAUUACUUGACGGCUUUCAACAUGUACCAAAAGCGCCACAACUUUCUCAAGCUGUAGCAUCUAAUGGUGAUAGCCAAUUGGCCUAUAGUGGUCCAUUUCGAUUGUUAAGUGAUGAAGGCUAUCGAGUAUUACGUAUGAUUCUUGAGCGAGAAAUGGUACAUCAAACAUAUGAUGAACGUCACCCAGCUAUGAUUCGGCAUAGUAGCUAUCGUAGUAAAUGGAUACAAGAUUUUAAUCGAUGUCCGCGCAUACUCAAGCAUUUAUCAGACAUCACUGGUGAUGUACAACUUCUGCCGACAGCUCUUCAGUCAAGCUAUAGUCAUACCAAUGUUGGUUAUGCAGGUGGUGACAAUAUAGAUGCGUACCAUUGUGACAGUGUACCUUACGUUGUCAUCCUAUUGGCUUGUGAUAUGAGCAAUACAGUCGGUGGUGAAUUGCAACUUAUCGAACGUGAUUCCAAGGAUGCUUUUAAUCUCAUUGAACAAUACAAAGGUCAAGUACCGAACGAAUUUAUUCGAACAAUCGAUUAUUUUGGUCAAAAUUCGUGCGUAUUGAUGCAAGGUAGUCGUAUAGUGCAUCGAGUGACAGGCAUUCGUUCUUGUUCGGAGCCACGUAUCACAGUGGUCAAUUCAUUCAUGUCGACAAAUCCGUUUACUACUGAAUACACGCGCUACGAUACUUUUCGUCAGGAGAAAACGGCUGCAUUGGAAUAUGCCAUUCAUAAGAUGUGGCGUGCCAAUGCUCAAAUGUUCAAUCUUGCUAUAGGUAGUCAUGAAUGGCCAACACAUGAUCAGAUCAUUGAGCGUCUCUCCAUGGCCAUUGACGAACUUAAUCAAUGUCGUGAUAUGCUCACGAAUAAAACAUCAGAUAGUAUUGGUUAUUAUGAUGAAAAGAAACAGAAAAUGGGCUAUUAUGAAAAACCUCCAUUACUAUUGAAAGAUUCUCAAAAUUAA